AUGCUGAGCGUUGGCGGCGGUCGUUCGGCGGUAUGCCGUGCCGUAAUAGCCACUUCCAUCGUCUGGCUUCUCAUCGACGUCGUCAUCCUCUUCUACUAUCUGGAUCCAUCGUCAUCACAGCAACAAAUUCAAGAUGAUAGAAUUCUAACCCGAGGCCAACGACGGAUAGGUCCUGAACCACUAGCGGCUGGACCACCCCAAGAUUCAAAAAAUUCACAAAAAUCGUCAGAGCGCGACGCCCAACAAGUGUUUCCAGUCGAUAAGGAGACUGCUGAGCAGUUGAGGAAAUUGAUGAAUACCCAAGCAUUCGGACCCGGCUAUCAUGGACAAGGCGGCACUGGGGUUACAGUACCCGAGGACCAAAAAUCGAUAAAAGAGAAACGAUUCCUGGAGAAUCAGUUCAACGUCGUCGCUUCGGAAAUGAUAUCAGUGAAUCGAACACUUCCGGAUUAUCGAUCGGAAGCAUGCCGGAAUGCAGCAGGGAACGAGAAGACUACUGUAGGACUGCCCACGACUUCUAUCAUCAUAGUAUUCCAUAACGAGGCAUGGACCACACUGUUAAGAACACUUCACUCUGUAAUCAAUCGAUCACCACGUCAUCUGCUGGAAGAGAUUAUUAUGAUUGAUGAUAAAUCGGAUAGGGACUAUUUGGUGAAGCCGCUGGACGCCUAUAUUAAGAAAUUCCCGAUUCCGGUUCACCUGGUCCAUCUGGAAGAACGCUCCGGUCUGAUCCGUGCUCGCCUGACUGGCUCCGGAAUGGCCAAAGGGAAGAUCCUUCUAUUCCUGGACGCUCACGUGGAAGUGACCGACGGAUGGCUGGAACCCCUCGUCCAUCGUGUAGCUGAAGAUCGGAAACGCGUCGUCGCCCCAAUCAUCGACGUCAUCUCAGAUGACACCUUCGAAUACGUCACGGCUUCUGAAACGACGUGGGGUGGAUUCAAUUGGCAUCUGAAUUUCCGAUGGUAUGCGGUGCCGAAGAGGGAGUUGAAUCGACGAGGAUCGGAUAGGUCGAUGCCCAUUCAAACGCCAACGAUCGCUGGAGGACUCUUUGCCAUUGACAAACAAUUCUUCUACGACAUCGGAAGCUAUGACGAAGGAAUGCAAGUUUGGGGUGGAGAGAAUUUGGAGAUCUCGUUCAGAGUUUGGAUGUGUGGAGGCUCUCUGGAGAUCCAUCCGUGCUCUCGAGUCGGUCACGUCUUCAGAAAACAGACACCGUAUACGUUCCCGGGUGGAACUGCAAAAGUGAUACAUCACAACGCCGCCAGAACGGCAGAAGUUUGGAUGGACGAAUACAAGGCAUUCUUCUAUAAAAUGGUCCCCGCGGCGAAGAAUGUGGAAGCUGGAGACGUUACGGACAGGAAGAAGUUGAGAGAGACACUUCAGUGCAAAUCGUUCAAAUGGUACCUGGAGAACAUUUAUCCUGAAGCACCUCUCCCUGCUGAUUUCCGAUCACUCGGAUCGAUUGUCAAUCGAUUCACCGAGAAAUGUAUCGAUACGAAUGGCAAGAAGGACGGGCAGGCGCCUGGAAUGCAGGCGUGUCAUGGUGCUGGCGGGAAUCAGGCGUGGUCCCUCACUGGAAAAGGCGAAAUUCGAUCGGACGAUUUGUGUCUCUCCUCUGGACAUGUCUAUCAAAUUGGAUCGGAGCUCAAGUUGGAACGAUGCUCCGUGAGCAAGCUCAACCCUAAACACAUUUUUGCGUUUGAUGCGCAGGCCGGCACCCUUUUGCACAGAAAAACUGGAAAAUGUGUGACAGGAGCGGAUCAAAGAGUCACUCUUGACGAGUGUGGUGUCGGAAGAAAAGAUCAAAUGUGGCAGCUGGAAGGAUUUCAGAUUUAA